CUCCUUUCACAUUUGAAGCCUGCCCCGCCGGCCCGGUUUGAAAAACUUUCUCUUUCACAUGCAAUCUUCCACUUCCUCUCUCAUCUCCCUACAUCCCCUAUGGACUGAAUUUCAGAACUUCUGUUGGCUUUAGUCAUCUACCUUUGUACUUGUACUUGUGUUGAUCCUUUUGUUAUCAUUUAAUACUAUGGCCUUGUUUAUUAAUUUCCAUUCAUUAUGAUGAUGAUGAUGAUGAUGAUGGUGUUUAUGAGUUUCAAACUCAAAGUCUUCAGUUAUUGGAAUUAAGGUUUUGGAGUAGCAGUUUUUUUUUCUUUUCUCCCUCUGAAGUUUGAAACUUGUUGGGACUUUUUGAACAUGGAAAUUUCUUGGUAAGAAUUUGAGGAAGAUGGUGUUUAGGAAUAAUGCAAUUCAAGCAGGGAGUUUGGAUGUGGGAAAGUCAAAGGGAAGAAUGAAGAAUGAUGAUGCUGAGGAGGAGAUUGAAUGUUGUGUUCAAUUUAGUUUCAUUAGAAGUUGCAUACCUUCAAGAUCAAAGGUUAAUAGCUCCAUAGGUAGCACCAGUACUCACUAUGUGGAUAAGAAACCUGCAGCUGAGGAAAACAAAAAGGAAACAAGUGCUCCUCCAGGGUCCUCUACAACAAGUAAUGCAGAAAGUAUCCCUUCUACCCCAAAAUUCAGCGAGGAGUUGAAGGUUUCGUCUCAUUUGAGAAAAUUCAAAUUCAAUGAGCUUAAGGUGGCAACUAGGAAUUUCAGACCAGAGAGUCUUCUUGGUGAGGGAGGUUUUGGUUGUGUCUUCAAGGGUUGGAUUGAGGAGAACGGAACUGCACCUGUGAAACCAGGUACUGGGCUAACUGUUGCGGUCAAGACCCUCAACCAUGAUGGACUUCAGGGUCACAAAGAGUGGCUUGCCGAGUUAAACAUUCUUGGUGACCUUGUUCAUCCGAAUCUGGUUAAAUUGAUUGGUUUCUGUAUUGAAGAUGACCAAAGAUUAUUGGUUUACGAGUUUAUGCCCCGUGGAAGUUUGGAGAACCACCUCUUCAGAAAAGGGUCCUUGCCUCUUCCUUGGCUUAUCAGAAUGAAAAUUGCACUUGGUGCGGCCAGAGGUCUUUAUUUUCUCCAUGAAGAAGCUCAGAGGCCUAUAAUCUAUCGCGAUUUCAAGACAUCUAAUAUUCUGUUAGAUGCGGAAUACAAUGCAAAGCUCUCUGAUUUUGGACUCGCCAAAGAUGGUCCUGAAGGGGAAAAGACUCACAUAUCAACACGAGUUAUGGGAACAUAUGGUUAUGCAGCUCCUGAGUAUGUGAUGACUGGACAUUUGACUACAAAAAGUGAUGUAUAUAGUUUUGGAGUAGUGCUACUUGAAAUGCUCACUGGCCGGCGAUCUAUCGAUAAGAAUAGACCAAACGGCGAGCACAAUCUCGUGGAGUGGGCAAGACCUGUACUUGGAGACCGGAGAACCUUCUUCCAGAUAAUUGAUCCUCGCCUCGAAGGUCACUUCUCAGUGAAAGGGGCGCAGAAAGCUGGCCAUCUAGCGGCUCAAUGUCUCAGCCGUGAUCCAAAAUCGAGACCUAAGAUGAGUGAAGUUGUGCAAGCUCUAAAGCCAUUGCAAAACCUCAAGGACAUGGCUAUCUCAUCUUCUCAGUUCCAAUUUGUGCGAGUAGAUCGAACCACGUCCUUGCCAAGGUCUAAAAAUGGCAUGCAAACACAGUUAACAUCUUUAUCAAGGAAGGGUCAACCUGUGAGGAUCUUGUCGAGUCCAAACCGUCCACACGGUUCUCCAUUUCAUCAUUUUAGCAAGUCACCAAAGCCUAAUGGGUAAGAAUAAAGGUGCGCCCUUCAAUUUGUUUCCUUAUUCAUUCAGUUCCCUCAACUUUGGCCAUCAGCUGAUCAGGUGAACGAAACUGUUGUGUUUUUGAGAGUUGCUCUCUCUAAAACUUGAGGAAUCAUCCCGGUUUUCUGUUAUUUUAUUCUCUCAAAUAAGAUUGAGGGAACCAUGACACAGUUUACUACCAAGUUGACAGAAGGUGAAGAUCAAACAUCAUGUACAGCUUUCACUUGGGGAAUUUGUUAUUGUGAAGUUGUUAUACUUUUUCCACCUUUCCAUAGGUUUCCUUCCAUUUAGAAUGUAUUUUUUGUAAAGAAAAGUGGCGGUGUUAACGCAUGUUAUCCAUAGACAUUUGCACACCCCUUGAUCAAUAUACUUUCCAGUAAGUGCUUAUUAAUGUAAUUAAAUGAUAUACUUGGAAUUCAA